AAAAAAAGGGAAAUUAACGGUGGUAAAAAACGACGAUCUUCCUCGUGUAACUCAACCUCUACUUUUGAAACAGGGCGGUACAGUUGAAGCUAUUACUGUGGGAUUGAUGACUACAGCUCUCAACGUAAUGUAUAAAAAGCUAAUGAAAUUUGUACCUGCAUCGCAAACUGGAACUAUUUUAUUAGAAAACAGAUCAAAUAAAAUAUCGCUGAUUAACCCCAGUUGGUAUAUAACUGCCGGACAUACGACAUCCAUCGUUCCAUGGGACAUUAACCCUUCGGAAGACGGGACUAUUUCAUGGGAAAUUCCGCUAGGUGGAGUAAACAUAAAAGACACUUUCAAACACACAGUCUAUUUCCUGUCCUAUCAAAUCGCUGGUAUGGACUAUAAUAUUGUUAUUGGAACAUGGUUUCCAUUAAAAUUGGAGAGUGGAAAUCCUGCAUGUAUAUACGCUCUUUGUUAUUGAGAACAAAUUCGGACUUCAGGAUAUGAAAGAUGUUCUUGAAUUUUUGGGGCAAAGCUUAAUCAAGAAUAAUGGUGACAUAAAUAAGUUGAAUUCCGACUUAUCGAAGUACAACAGAAUUCUUGACGAUAUCCCCGACAAAAAAAUCUACGGAAUCACGUCAACAAGGAUUGAAAGGUAUUACGAGUGGCAAUAUCAUGUUUUUACGCCGGACGUUGAUGAACAUCCAGAAAAGCAAUAUCACGUUAAAAUUGUGGCUGCAACCGGUUUUGGAAACGCUCUUGGCUUGGCAGUUAAUGUUGAAGUCACACCAGGCGUUUCCAAACAAGCAGCGGAUUUUGUAUCAAAAAAUCGCCUGGAAUAUAAAGAGCCACCACCUGCAAUACUUGAGGCCAGCCAAGCUUCUGUGGCGUCUGCAGCACUGAAAACGACAACCGCGUCAAUGAUGUCAAGAAUAGGGACGACAGAAAGGCAGACGUCAGGAAUGGGCAUGUCUGAGGCAGUCGUGCCAACAAAUGAAAUCCGACCAAAUCGCGUGCAAGAAAGUGAAAAUAUUCCUGUAAGUGCAAGAACUUCAGAACGUAACAUGAGAGAGUCGUUUGCCGCACUACCAAACAACAUGUCACCAAAGAUAGUUACAGCUUCAGAAAGUGGCAUGAUAAAGACGUCUGCCGCACUACCAAACAAUUGGUCACCAAAGAGAAUUACAGUUUCAGGAACUAAUUUUAUCCAAAAAUCUGCUACAACAAUGUCAACGAUACCAAAAGCGUCCAAAAUGAAAAAAUCGAAAUUUCGAAAAAUCCUGUCAGGUGGAGAAGCACGUACAGACCAGAAAACUUGGCGUGGCUGAAAAUAAACGAUAUCGACAUCGGGAAAAGA